AUGGAGGCUCUAAUCCCCGUUAUAAACAAGCUUCAAGAUGUCUUCAAUACGGUGGGAGCAGACAUAAUACAGCUGCCGCAGAUAGCAGUCGUUGGAACCCAGGUAAAACCCCACCCCCUUCGUAGCUGUCAAAAUAGAACAAUGCUGUUAGGCUAACUUCACAUGACACUGAAAGAUAGCUACAUAGCUAGCUAGCUACGUGCAUUGCUAUCUAUCCAGCUAUUUUGUUUUCGAGGUUUUCAUUAUGUUCAGCAACACAUCAGGAUUGCUGAAAAUGAGCCAUUUAACUUGAGUGAGCGUGGUGCAGUUAAAAAUACACCUCUUUAUAUAUCUGCUUGUGCACGAGCCAGUUGUGUGGCUAUUAUUGGUGUGCAUGUGUUAGUAGAGAGCUGGCAUGUUCCAUUUGACCCGGGCAAAGCCUGCUUUCUGGCAGCAGCAAUUAUGAAGAACAUCUGUUAAUUACUUUAGGACAAUUUUUAGAUCAUCAUCGUCUUCAUUAUCAGUUCUCCAAUAAUCAGGUCACCACCACCUUAUGUGCCAUAUUAUUUGGUAACACCGCUGUUCUCAGAUCUGUCCUUAUGUUAAAGCUGUUAACCCAACUCCAUGAUGUGACAUACUGUAAUGCCUGUCUCCAGAGCAGUGGGAAGAGCUCUGUGUUGGAGAGCCUGGUUGGCAAGGACAUGCUGCCCCGUGGGACAGGUGUAGUGACCCGCCGGCCACUCAUCCUACAGCUCGUCCACGUGGAUCCUGGAGCUGGCAGGAAAAUGAAAGAUGAGAAUGGUACGUAGGUCUACCUUGGGAUGGAACGCCACCAUGUGUGACCCCACUGACCACUAACCGUGUGUGUGUGUGUGUGUGUGUGUGUGUGUGUGUGUGUGUGUGUGUGUGUGUGUGUGUGUGUGUGUGUGUGUGUGUGUGUGUGUGUGAGAGUGAUUCCCCAUUCUGCUCUUUGGGUAUUUUCAGACCACUUUGUGUCAUUGUCUCUGACCUGCCACUCAUGUUGUUUCUGACUCAGCGUUUUGCACCCCUUCACACCAAUUGUACCAGCCUAUUUCAUACUUCAGCAAGUCGUGAGAAUCAGAAGAUCCCACGCUUGCCACUGUAUCAUGUUAAACCCUUGUUUUUGCAAUAACCACAUUGUUGAAAAUAGGAGCUGAAACUUUCUCUUUCUCUAUCUCUUUGACUGCAGACCCCACAAUGUGGACAUACACUCAACUAUGUGAAGGUCUUGUCUGUUGGCAUUUUGUGUUUUCCUAUACCUGCCUCCCUUGACAGUUAUUAGGGACCUGUAGAACAGACCAUCCACACCUGAACAAGUAGUCUAUCUAGGGUUAUUCCUUAGAUUAUUGUGAUUGUAGAGAUCCUAUUAAUAUAUUAAUAUAGUAUUCUAAUUCUAUGAUUGUGAUCCUGUAUGGCUCAGUUGGUAGAGCAUUGUACUUGCAAAGCCAAGAGUUGUGUGUUCGAUUCCCACUGUGGCCGCACAUAUGUAAAAUGUAUGCAUGUAUGACUGUAAGUUGCUUUGGAUAAAAGUGUCUGCUAAAUAUACAUUAUAUUAUUGAUACCUCUCCCAUAUUCCAUUACUUUAUUUUGUAUAUCUAAACCGUGUGUUAUUGUAUUCCACAGGUGUGGAAGGAGACGAAUGGGGCAAAUUUCUACACACCAAAAACAAGGUAUGACUUAUCUCAAACAUUGAUACGCGUUGCUACUCAUGAUAUUCUUUGUUCUGUGUUCUUGUUUGAAGAAAAUAUACAUGAACAAAGCUGGUGUUUUCAGAUCUACACAGACUUCAGUGAAAUCAGGCAGGAAAUUGAAAAUGAAACGGAAAGAAUUUCAGGUACUAACAAGGUAAGACAAUCACAGUGUAAUUAUUUAGCACUUAUUAGCAUGAUGUGAAUCUCCUUCACAUCAUACAUCCCUAACAAUUUCAACAAAGCUAGUCAUUGUUUGUCAUUUGUAUUUCUAUAGGGGAUCAGUGAUGAGCCUAUUCACCUGAAGAUCUUCUCUCCUAAUGUGGUGAACCUCACUCUGGUGGAUCUACCUGGCAUCACCAAGGUAACAGUGACUAGAGAUGGAGAUUAACUGUACAAGAAGUGUCUGCUCUGCAUAGGAGAACCUAGAAGCCUAGCAAACAUGCAGGGCAACUAAAACCUUGGCUGGAGCUUGAUACACUAGAAAGACUCAGUCCUCAGUCACUCCUCUGUGUAUUGUGCUUCCCCCCUUCAGGUCCCAGUGGGCGACCAGCCCAAAGACAUAGAGGUGCAGAUCAGAGAGCUGAUCCUGAAGCACAUCUCCAACCCCAACUCCAUCAUCCUGGCUGUGACCGCUGCCAACACAGACAUGGCCACCUCAGAGGCCCUCAAAGUGGCCCGCGAGGUCGACCCCGACGGUCAGUACUGGGUUUAAGUUUUUUAAAUCUUAUUUAGUUGAUGGUGACAGUUUGGAUGUCAGGGUUUUUCUGCUUUGACCCUCAUUUCAGUUUUCACAUCAAUGUAAAAGGGCUAUAAUGCUCAUUUUCAUCCACAGUAUUUGGGCAGCCACUUAUCUCUCUCUGCGACUGGUAAAAGUGUAUGGUGCGUACAGUAUGUUGUGUUAGACACAUUUCUCUAGUCUGUUGUUGUGUACAGGCAGGAGGACACUGGCGGUGGUGACCAAGCUGGACUUGAUGGACGCUGGUACUGAUGCUAUGGAUGUCCUGAUGGGCCGGGUCAUCCCUGUCAAACUGGGCCUCAUAGGAGUGGUCAACAGGUCUGGCUUUACACUCAAUCACAAUAAAAGCCUCACAUAAAAUGAACAUCAGCUGAAAUCUGUCUUAUGUUAUUGUGAAGCUGACAUGUUUCUAUCUAUUUCAUGCAGGAGUCAGUUGGACAUCAACAAUAAGAAGUCAGUGAGCGAUGCCAUUCAAGAUGAACAUGCUUUCCUGCAGAAGAAGUACCCCUCUCUCGCUAAAAGAAAUGGAACAAAAUAUCUGGCCAGGACUCUGAACAGGUGAGAAUAUUAUUGUUUGUGAACAAAUGUACACUCUACCCGCCAUAGUGCAGUUUAGUAUAAGUAUUACAUAAGCACAUCAGGAAUGGUAGUAGCAACUACAGUAGUGACUUCUAACAAUACUUGCCAGUAAAGGUUCUUAGCUCUGAUCAGCCAAAAUGGUGGUCAGCCAAACAACCUAUAAAUCACAAAGUGCAACCUACUUUAUCUAAUGAAAUUUUGAGAUCUCAGAUAUUGUGCCCAUAGAAUUACAACUACUAGAAUGGAAUUCUGUAGUAGGAAUUUCAAGGUGAACAAAAGAGAAGAGCAGUCACAGAUAAAGUAAAUCAAAAAUCAAUCCGAUGUAUUACAAGUUGCAUCAGCAAGACCCCUACAGCACAGAAGCAGAGAAAAUGUCUAACUGGUCAUCACUGAGAAGGCCCUUAUAUCCUAAUCAGCAGACAACUGUUCUGUAAACACCAGCCAAGAGGCUUGUAGGAAGUCAAAACAAAAGGCCAGUAACUUUUUCAGCUGCUACAGAAUCACACAGUGUUCACAGACAAUACAAUAAUAAUCAAUGUGUCCUCAGUCCUUGUACCUCCAGUCUGGCGUCAAUCACUAUCAACAGAUAUGAGUUUAAUCCAUAACAUACUGCAUCGAGUCUAGUGACCUUCAACCCGAGUGUCACAAACAGAACACUGGAAAUCAUAUGUAUUACAGAAAGGUAAAUAUGUCACACUUAACUGAACAUGAACUUUAUUCAUCUUAAAUAUUCCUAUUACAGUAACCUACUGAAUCUAAUACUGUGCCCAUAUAAUUAGAACUACUAGAUUGGAAUUCCCAUUCAAGUCCCAUUCAAAUCAAUGUUCUGUAAUUCUAAUUCUAAUCCUCCUGUCCCUACUAGGUUACUGAUGCACCACAUCAGAGACUGUCUACCGGAGCUGAAGACCCGUAUCAACGUGCUGGCGGCUCAGUACCAGUCUCUGUUGAGCAGCUACGGCCAGCCCGUGGAGGACCAGAAUGCCACCCUGCUGCAGCUCAUCACCAAGUUCGCUGCAGAGUACUGCCACACCAUCAAGGGCACGGCCAAGUACAUUGAGACGGCUGAGCUGUGAGUAGUUGUACCCUCUCAUUUCCACAAGGUGGUGCCGAUAUGUGGGACAAAAUGCCUGUGAAAACUCAGAGAUGCACUUAAUGUAGUAGUACCUGUAUUAUGCAAUGCUUGAGAUGAGUAGCGUUGAGAUUUGAAUGUUGGCACUAUUCCUUUGAUUCAUAGUAGCACAUCAUGUUUGUCACAACAUAUCAACUUUAUCUAUCCUCUGUUUUGCAGAUGCGGUGGUGCCAGAAUCUGUUACAUAUUUCACGAGACUUUUGGGCGAACAUUAGAGUCAGUGGAUCCCCUAGGAGGACUCAACACGAUAGACAUCCUGACUGCCAUCAGGAACGCCACUGUGAGUAGAAGUACUGAGAGGUUAUUUUUAUAACAACAGUAUUGACUAAAGAGUGGGCAUACCUUCGAACUGGGGAAUGGAGAAAUAAUCAUCUGGGUCUUUCUAUUAAUGCUACUUUGAACACACGGUACAUAUCUGUCUUUAAUUUCCCUCUCGCUUUCUCCCUCUUUCCUUCUCUCUCUAGGGCCCUCGUCCGUCUCUGUUUGUGCCUGAGGUGUCGUUUGAGCUGCUGGUGAAGAAGCAGGUGAAGAGUCUGGAGGAGCCCAGCCUGCGCUGUGUAGAGCUGGUCCACGAGGAGAUGCAGAGGAUCAUCCAGCACUGCAGCAACUACAGCACACAGGUAGACACCGCGCGCGCACACACACACACACACACGCACACACAAACACACGCACAGUCUUGUACAACUAACCUUGUGGGGACACACAAUUCAAUCCCAUUCAAAAUACUAUUUUCCCUAACCCUUAAUCCGAAAACCUUAACCCUAGCUCUAAACCUAGCUCCUAACCCUAAUCCUAGCUCCUAACCCUAAUCCUAGCUCCUAAACUGCUAAAUGACGUAAAUGUAAAGCUAAUUCUAACCCUAACACUAAUUCUAACCUAAACCCUAGAAAUUGCAUUUAACCUUGUGAGGACUAACACAAGUUUAGUUAAACACACACACACACACACACACACCUGAUACCUGUGUGUUUUCCAUAGGAGCUGUUAAGAUUUCCAAAGCUCCAUGAUGCCAUAGUAGAAGUGGUCACCUCUCUGCUCAGGAAAAGGCUGCCUAUCACCAAUGAGAUGGUACAUUUAGCGUCAAACGGUUUCAUCUGCACGUGGAUUAUUUGUAUGCCAAUUGCAUCAGGUUAUUGUAUCACAUCGCAUACAACUCUCCUAUUCCAGGUGCAUAAUCUGGUGGCCAUAGAGCUGGCCUACAUCAACACAAAACACCCUGACUUUGCUGAUGCCUGUGGGGUCAUGAACAACAACAUAGAGGUGACAGCUCAUUAAGUUUUGUAUUGACAUGAAUUCUGUAUAAUAGUUGUGUGAUGUAAUAAAAAUAUGACAAUAUAUAUUUCAUUUAGCAGAUGCUUUUAGCCAAAGUGACUUAGUCAUGCAUGCAUACAUUUUCCAUAUGGGUGGUACCAGGAAUCAACUGAGCUACAGAUGACGUUGUGUGUUGGAAUAGUGAUGUAGCUUUCCUCUGUGCUGUCUGUGUCCUUUAGGAGUCGAGGAGAAACAGAAUGAGAGAGUUGCCCACUGCAGUCCCCAGGGAUAAGGUAACUAACUAACCACCGUACUCUGACUCGCCUCUAUAAUACUCGAAACCAAAUGGCUCCCAAGCUCACUCUCAAGCUCUCUUUAAUCUCAAUAUAAUACCAAUUGUCCCUGGUCUUUUAUUUUUGACCUCUCCUGACUUCACAAGUCCCUUCUCCAUUCCAUUCCUCCUUUCUUCCUCCUAGUCCGUAGUUAAGGGUCCAGUCGGCCAGCCUCCCAUACCUACCGAGCCCCCUGCCUCUUUGGACGCGGAGGGUGCCAAGGUGGGGCAUGACAUGGGCAUGGGUGUGGGCAUGCUCUGUGCUUCCUGCUGUGCUCUGCUCUGUGUACUCAGUCUGCUCCCCAGCCCUCAUGCCCUCUCUUAACAAUGUCCUCUCUGCCUUCUCCCUCUCUGUGCAUUUGAGCUUGGCUAUGAAUGAAAUAGAUUGGUUUGCAUUGUGGUUCUGUAAAGCACCUUGUGGCACAAGUUGCUGUAAAAGGGCUAUACAUCUGAUUGUUUGUGUUGUGUGUAACCUCAGGCUCCCGGAGCAAGGCCCCAGGGGGACCAGGAGGGGACAGGGAACUGGAGAGGCAUGCUGAAGAAAGGGGACGAGGGGGCCCCCGGCUCUGGCCCCGCCAGCCCCCAUAAGGGCCUUGCCGUCAACCUGCUGGAUGUGGUGAGCGAAUAAUACAGGUAUUCAAUUUCAAAAUGCUGUGUGUUGCUCUUCAGUGAUUGGCUGACACUGUUGCUCCUCCCGCAGCCCGUUCCCGUUGCCAGGAAGUUGUCUUCUCGGGAGCAGCGUGACUGUGAGGUCAUCGAGAGACUCAUCAAGUCCUACUUUCUCAUUGUCCGGAAAAACAUCCAAGACAGGUGCAUGUGUUUUCUGACCCUGUCCCUCUCUCUUUGGGGAGAUACCUAGUCAGUUGCAAAACUGAAUGCAUUGAACCGAAAUGUGUCUUCCGCAUUUAACCCAACCUCUGAAUCAUAGAGGUGUGGGGGGCUGCCUUAAUCGACAUCCAAAGCGCCCGGGGAGCAGUUGUUGUUGGGGGUUAACUGCCUUGCUCUAGGGCAGAGCGGCAGAUUUUUCCACCUUGCCGGCAUCGGGGAUUCAAACCAGCGACCUUUCGGUUAUUGGCACAGCGCUACCUGCUGCCCUUUGUAUUUCUGCGCAGUGUUGAAGUCUGGAGGUAUUUGCUCCUAUUAUGCCAGCAGCUCAGAUAUCUCCCUCUUCUCCCUCCCUCCCUCCACCCAUUUCGCUCUCCUCCGUCCUGUAGCGUGCCCAAGGCAGUGAUGCACUUCCUGGUGAACCAUGUGAAGGACAGUCUGCAGAGUGAGCUGGUGGGUCAGCUCUAUAAGUCUGGUCUCCUCAACGACCUGCUCACUGAGUCUGAGGACAUGGCCCAGAGACGCAAGGAGGCUGCAAACAUGCUAGAGGUUGGUACCUUAACCAUGAACAGAGAGGAUUGACAUAUCCAAACAUUGGCCACAGGAAGUCGAUCAAAAAAGCAACAUCUAAAGGUAGCACUUCAAUACUAUAUUCUUCAGACACAACAAUGUCCACAACAAGCUUCAUAGUCAAGUGUAUCUCAUUUUGUGUCCACAGGCUCUGCAGAAGGCCAGUCAGGUCAUUGCUGAGAUCAGAGAGACUCAUCUGUGGUAA